GGAGCUUUGUCAAGCGAAACGUUGCCACAAUAAAAUGUCACAUUAGUUGCACUUGUGUCCUUUUACUUUACAUAUUGUCGGUAAUUCUACCAACAUUAUUACAAUGAAACAUCAGUUUGUUCAGUUUCUUCUGGAUCAUAAUAGCUGAAGACAGAAAAAUUAUUGAGUAGAUUACAGUGCUCAUUAUUAAAGUUUGCCUGGGGCCUCCAACAGGCAAGCUUUAAUGUUGAAAAUAAUGUUAGGUAUUUUGUAGCAACAGAACUGUUUGUUGACCUGGCAAAAUGUAGUGUGAUAUCAGGUUCUGCUAUGCAACUUGCUGUAUGCUCAGUGCUUUCUGAACUUGUGUGGUGGAUAGUGUGUGUGUCUAUGGUCCCUACAUCAUUUGCUCCUGAGUACAGGGGGUGUCAGACAUUUUGUGCUGUAGAUGAAUUAAUAUGGAGAAGAAUAGUCUGACAUAAGAUAAAAUAGCCCAGAUCAUUGGAUUACGUAAGGCAGGCCAUAAAAUGAAGGAAAUGGUGGAGGCCGUUAUGUGUGUGACCAUACAGUGAGGAACUGGAUAUGUUGAUUCUGUGAGAAAGGUGGUGAUGACAUGCCCACACUAAAACCAUGUCAGGGGAAGCCAAGGAAAACACCUCCAGAUAUGUCUUUAUUCCAGGCAGUGAACAAGAAGUACCUAUUGGUUUACUAGACAUGGAGGCAACAUUAGUUCCAGCAAUGGCAUAUCCUCUGCAAGCUUCAGUUGUUUCCAAGUACCUUCAGGAGAGAAAGACUCUUGUAGGAGAAAGAAGACGACUCUUCAACACUUAUGCACAAAAGUGGUGGCAGGAGUAUUUGGAUGCUUCAGCUAGUCAUUCAUCAAGAUUACUCCAGUUGUUUGCUAUGGAUGAAUGUGGAAAAUACAGAUUUGUGUGUGAAUUUGUGCGAAGGUUAGAGGUGGGACGAUUGCUAAAGUCACCUGAGGAAGCAGCUCGUUGGAUCAGCGUUAUGCCCUCCUCGACUCUACACCAGCUACCAGCAGGCUCCAAUAAACUGUGGUACACCUUGCCUAUAGCUCUCAUUGCUCGCUCACUGGGUACUGAAAGCAAAUGCUGUUUGUUGUGUAGCAUAUUGUUGGGAUAUGGUCUUGAUGCAUGGGUGUGUGCUGGAACUCGGCGAUCAGGGAGUCCCCAUGCCUGGGUCAUGACACGAGGACCUUACUGUGCAGUCACUUUCUGGGAAACAACAACAG